CUGAGGCAGCGGCAGUUCCCCUGCGCUCUCCCUCCUGCAGGCUGCACUCAGACACACAUACACUCCUAAACCAAUAGGAUACUGGACAUACAUUCACACACACCUAUACUUACAAUUGCUGCUGCAGGCACAGACUCGCACGCACUACUGCACGCAUUCAGACACUUUGAGUUCACAUCAGAGGCAGUUGCACACUUUACACACACUUAUUUCUCCUUUGCAAAUCUAGCCCGGGAAAAUGAGGACAAUUGUGCUUUGCGUUUGUGCCAGCCUCCUGCUUACAGCCACCCUGGUGCCGCGCACCAGCCGGGCAGCGGACUUCCCUGUCAACUCACACCAGAGAUGGGACGCUAGAGGACCCUUUUCUGUGGGAUCUGAACCUGGGACUCCCACCUCCUGCCCCAUUAAACUGAGACCCUCGGGCCAGUGUGGGAGCUCCGGGGCUGGCGCAGAGGAAGGGGAGGACUGCCCUUACCAGCUCACCCUGCCUCCACUCACCAUCCAGCUGCCCAAGCAGUUCAGGCUGCUGGAGAAGACGAUGAAGGAGCUGCAGAGCCUGAAGGAGGUGGUCAACAAGCUUAAGAGCGGGUGCCAGGAGUGCCGCGGGGCACGGGGCAAUGGACCUUUUGGGCAUCAGCUACCUGACCAGGGACAGACGCACGUCCCCGUUCAGAGGGAUGCUGGGGAUGAAGUGAGAGUGGACCUGACAGGACAGGACGUGCAAGGUGGGUCCAGCCAGGAGGAGAGGGGAGAUGGGAUGGUCCCUGGAGCUACUGUGGACGCUGCUGGACUGGGGCAUGGUUCUAUUUUUGGAAAAAUUACACCGAGCCCGAUCACAAUGCAGGAGAUGCAGGUGAAGCUGAAUAGGAUGUCAGCCAGCCUGCGCAACGCUAGGAACCAGAUCUCGGCCAUGCAGGGUCGUCUGGAGGGGCUCAACCUGCUCAACAUGGACAAUGUGCAGGCUAUGGUGGACAGGCGGGUGGAGAACAUCACCGGAGUGGUCGACAAACUAAGCUCCACCUGCACUACCCAGUGUGCAGUACAGAACAGCCCUCAGUCAGUCAUCUUAGCCCCUCGGGACUGUUCAGACUACAAUGUGCUGGAGGUGAGGAAGAACGGCGUGUAUCGUGUGACCCCUGAUCCUCGCAACGGGACAUUUGAGGUCUACUGUGACAUGGAGUCCUUUGGAGGUGGAUGGACAGUCAUACAGCAACGGCUUGAUGGGUCUGUCAGCUUCAACCGCACCUGGGCCGAGUACAAGAAAGGCUUCGGGAACCUCAGAGGUGAGUUCUGGCUGGGUAAUGACCAUAUCCACUUGAUGACAAAAGCCAAAGACAUGAUCCUGCGCAUCGAGCUGGAGGACUUUGAGGGCGUUCGGGAGUACGCAAAAUACGACCAGUUCUAUGUGGCCAAUGAAUACCUUCGCUACCGACUGUCUGUCAGUGGAUACAGUGGGACGGCUGGGAACGCCAUCAGUUUCAACAAGCACUUCAACCACGACCAGAAGUUUUUCUCCACGCCUGACCGCGACAACGACAUGUACCCCUCUGGAAACUGCGGCGCCUACUACAGCUCUGGCUGGUGGUUCGACGCCUGCAUGUCCGCCAACCUCAACGGGAAGUACUAUCACAAGAGGUACAAGGGAGUCCGGAACGGGAUCUUCUGGGGAACAUGGCACAACAUGUCGACGGAGUACUACCCCACUAACUACAGGCAGGCCUUCAAAACUGUCAAGAUGAUGAUACGGCCCAAGAACUAUGCUCCUUAAGAAGACAGGUAAAUAAUAGAGCGGUCGGUCAAACAAAAACAAAGACAGUCAGAAAAUGGAAGAACGAGUAGACUCAGAAACUCAUAGACAUGCGCAUAGUCAUGCAUUUGCACACAUUUACACAUGCAUACGUGUACACCCAAAAAGACUAUAAGCCCUAUAGACAGUUUGAAUGCAGUAAUUACAAGAAUAAUUGUGAAAAAAAAUUAACUGUGCUAUUACUUUCUCCCACUGCAGUGAGUGUGGCCUUCAAAAUGUUGGAUUAAAAUGAUGAUACUAAAGGACAAUGGACUAUGAACGAUGAUGGACUAAUAAAAAAAACACACAUGCAGUGUAAAGGCCAGCCUACUACAGGGGCCAUAAUAUUAUACGGAGGGUUACCAUGAGAGAUUUUUCACUGUUUCUCUGACAUUUCUCCACUUUCUGUCCUGCUGCCUCCUGCUAUAAACCCAGCUGAGACACAGCACAGCGCACAGCAGUAGUAAAAACUAAUGAGCUGUCAUUUUCUCUGCUCUAAAUGGUUUCAUAAUUAACAGCAGCCACUCAAGUGAGGUAUAUGAGAGCUGAUGAUACAGUUUUGAGCGGCUCUGAAAUUCAUUGUGAAAGACUUCACGCCGGGGUCAGAGUCAAACUGUUUAAAAAAUAACUACAGGAAGUGAUAUACUACACGCUUUGGGCAGCAGUGCACAAGUAAUAGCUUCUGUGUCGUUUAUUUAAUUACACCGGGACACUUCGCUAAUGUAUCAUCAUCCUAUACAAUACAAAACAUCCCAGUAUAAAUAUGCACCCUCAGAUGAAUUCCCAUCGGGUCAUUCCCAAGUACAUUCUGCAUUAUUGAUGCUCGAGUAAAUUCAUCCUGACAGCAGCCACGGAGCUGGACGCUGCCGCAAGAAUAACUGUUCUAAUUCUAUUUCCACCAUUAUCUCUGGGUGCACUGUACUACUGCACAUCUCUCGAUGCCACACACCAGUUUUCACAUGUAAAAAACAGAAACCCUCCUUGACUCACCACUUGUACAAUACUGCCGCCUAAUGUUAGAAAACUGUAUAGCAUCAUUUAAUCCAUUCUAUGCACACUGUGAAUGGGGCAGGACGGGGAAAGGAAUGUUUCACUUUAAGGACGUGUACAGUAUUUAUUUUAUUUUGUGAGGUAUGAUUGCUUUUAUAUAAUACCUAGGUCAUACAGUACAAGGUCUAAUGAUUGUUGAUAUUUGAGCAAUGAUAAAGACUGUGCAUUAUUGUGACCAUUCAUAGUAAUUAUGUGUGUAUUUGGAGCUUUGUGUGUGUACAAUACUGAUCUUUUCUAUCAUUCAUACACGACUGUCAUGCCAAAAGAUAUGCACUUUUUAUAUCAAAAAAUGAAUAAAGUUCUAACUACAUGACUGUAUACAUUGCAGUGUUUGGUACUUUGACGUCAUACUGAUAGCUGCUUAUCUUUAUGAAAGCAUCCUGAUGAAUGUAUACAAAAUGUAUACAAGUUUAGCAUGAUUAUCCAUGAGUAGAAAUCCCACACUCUGAAGUGUGGCGUAUUUGUCGCCUGUGGAAAUGGAGGUACUAGGUGCUGCAUACCCAUAACAAAUGGGUUAAUGAGGUGUUGACUCAAUAAAGCGACUCAAUAAAAGAAUGAGUUCAUAUCAACUUCACAGAUGAUGAACGAUCAAACUGUGGACCCUUUGACUUUAAUGUCUGUUUACUGUGUGUGACGAUCAAGCUAAUAAAAAAAGUACUGUGCUCA